AUGGCCGACGCUCCAGAUCUCUCCACGUGUGAUAACGUUGGUCUCCCGCUCUUUCGGGAAGGGAAGAACCCAAAUCCUCGCAUCUCCCAGGCGGCGGCUCAAGGGCGUUUCCCUCACGAAUCUUGCGUGAGCGCGAGGCGCUGCGUUACGGCGCCGGAUCUUGCCGCGGCGCAUCGAAUUUUUGCGCGCUCAACGCCUCCAUUUCCGGGAACGAUGCCAGAUCCAUGGAAAAGGUCUUGCGAAGGCGCGGUGGCGAUUUUAUUAUUUCUUGAGUGCUUGGCCAUCACCUCAAUGGCCCAGUCGUGCUCCAGGUCUCUCACUUUCAGCAACAGGACCUCCAUGACCUUUACGACGUGCGUCAAUCUUCCGUCACAGCAGGCCUCUCUCGCGUGGUCGUACAACGCUUCUGGAAACACGCUAGCCGUGGUUUUCUCCGGAGUGGCGCCCUCUUCCUCCGGAUGGGUCGGCUGGGGCAUAAACUUUGGAGCCAGGCCAGUGAUGAUCGGGACCAACGCUUUAGUCGCCUUCCAAGCUGGAAACGGGAGUAACUUGCUCGACUACAAGUUGACGGAAGAGACCCAGGCGCUGAGGCCACUUACGUGCAGCCCGAUCGAUCUCGUCGUCCUGGAUCGGGCAGUGGUGAUUCAAGAGCGAAACAUGAGGCUCUACGCCUUGAUCCAGCUCAGGCCAAAUCAGACGAGGCUCAACCACGUUUGGAACCGGGGAUCCAGUGUCAUCAACUUUAGUCCCCAGCAACACGCCCUCGGCACGAAUGACUUGAACGGUAGAGGUGUUUUUGAUAUCACCUCCGGAGCACUUUUAUCGUCACGUCCUCUGCAUCAGAAGCUUAAGGAGGCUCAUGGACUUAUCAAUGCUAUUGGCUGGGGAAUUUUACUCCCGCUCGGUGCCAUGUUUGCUAGAUACUUGCGACCUUUCCAUGACAGCGCAUGGUUUUGUCUCCACGUUCCGUUUCAGGUUAAUGGCUACAUUCUUGGUGUUAUUGGCUGGGCUAUCGGGCUUAGGCUCGGAAGCUACUCCGUCGGUGUAGUUUAUCACAAGCAUAGGAACAUCGGGAUAACUUUAUUUGUUUUCGGGACGCUCCAGGUUUUGUCGCUGAUAUUGAGGCCAGGGCUCGAUCACAAAGCACGUCCAUACUGGAAAGUCUAUCAUCGCACUAUUGGCUACCUGACGUUGCUCCUCGCGAUCGUGAACAUCUAUAAAGGCCUCGAUAUUCUGGAACCGCACAACAAGUGGCGUCGUGCAUACACCGGUAUACUUGUGGUCCUCGCGGUCAUCUCUUUGCUUUUGGAGGUCGCUACUUGGAUGGUACACUUGAAGAGGAGGAAAGCCGAGAAAGCUGCCAAGCCUAUUGCUACGAAUGGAAGACACGACGGUAUUGAAAUCUGAUGUUUCAUCAGGCUAAUGUUUGGAAUUUUCGUUUGUAUAUGGAUUUGUUUUCUCUUUGAAAGCGCUCUCUUUAGUUUACAGUGUUCAAGUUUCCUUGGACUUUAAUACUUUGAUCAAGCCUCUGGCAAUCUUCUCAAA